AUGGCAUCACGGUGGGCGAAUGAGGAAGCAGACAAGGCCGAAGAAGCGCGUCGAAAGAAAGAAAAAGAAGAGAAGAAGCGCCUGAAACUCCAAAAACAGCAAGAGGCGGAGGCAGCAGCACAGGCAGCGCAAGAGGCAGAAUCUAGACCCGCAAAGCGACGAAGAUUAUCAACAGGAAGCGAUGAUGAGGAAACCCCGAAGCUAAAAGAGGAGCAAGUUGAGAGGAAGCUCUUACAAUUUGAAGGUGGACUAUGGGGUCCGUGCCGACAUAUCUCUAACUUCGAGACCCUCAACCAGAUCGAAGAAGGCUCAUAUGGCUGGGUAUCAAGAGCGCGCGACAUUACCACUGGCUCAGUAGUCGCCCAUAAGAAAGUCAAAAUGGACUACAAUCAGGAUGGCUUCCCAAUCACCGCGUUACGAGAAAUCUCGAUCCUGCAACGCUGCAAACACACCAACAUUGUCGAUCUAUUGGAGGUUUUAUCCGGCGACGACCCACAAGAAUGCGUCCUAGUCAUGGGAUUCUUCGAGCAUGACCUCAAGACGCUACAAGAAGAUAUGAGUGAGCCUUUUAUGGCGAGUGAAGUCAAGACGCUCCUACGGCAAUUGGUUUCUGGGGUUAGGUUUCUGCACGACAACUUCAUAAUGCAUCGGGAUCUGAAAACAUCAAACAUUCUACUUAAUAACCGCGGACAGCUCAAGCUCGCUGAUUUUGGUAUGGCGCGAUAUGUCCCACCUGCGAAUGCGCCCCUUACACAGUUGGUCGUCACGCUAUGGUAUCGCGCCCCAGAACUCUUGUUAGGCACAAGAGAUUACGGGACCGAAGUCGACAUGUGGAGCGUAGGUUGUGUAUUCGGCGAGUUACUUGCCAAAGAACCACUAUUACAGGGCAAAAACGAGGUCGAUGAGCUUUCCCUCAUCUUCUCGCUCUGUGGCCUUCCUUCGGAAAAGACCUGGCCACAAUUUUAUCGCCUGCCAAACUCCAAAUCAUUGAAACUACCACGCGACCAUCGUAAUGCCCCAGGCUUCAACCGGGCAAAGUUCCCAUUCCUAACAGCAUCCGGUAUCGAACUCUUGUCUUCACUGCUAUCCUUGAACCCCGCCCAUAGGCCCACAGCACAAGAUGUCUUGGAACAUCCUUACUUCAAAGAGCAACCGAAACCGAAACCGACCGAAAUGUUUCCGACAUUUCCAAGUAAGGCAGGACAGGAGAGGAGGAGGAAGAAGAGUCCUAAUGCGCCGAAGAGAGGAGAGGCGCCAGGGGGGAUGCAGGGCAACCUGGACUUUAGCAGCAUCUUCAAAGGGCGAGAGGAGGAAGAGAAGGGAGCUGGGUUUCAGCUCAAGAUGACUUGA